AUGGUUGGUGGAAGUGGUCGUGGUCGUCGAGGACAGGUUCCGAUUGAGGAAGUCCAACACCGUGAUCGUAAUAUUCAGGAUGUGACGAUUGAAGAUUUGCAGAGACAAGUUGCGGAGUUAACCCAACGUUUGGCGGAGCAGGAGUUCGUGGAGCGGAUUUUUGAAUAUAAGGAAGUUCUAGAUCGUGUUAAAGUGAAACUGGUCGCCAUCAAACUUAAAGGUAGGGCAUCUACAUGGUGGGAACAGUUAAAGCGUUCACGGGAGCGACAGGGGAAAUCCAAAAUUAUUAACUGGGAGAAGAUGAAGAAGAAGAUGGCACUUCCUCCCUUUCGGCUAUACUCAAACCUUGUUUUAGAGGCUUCAUUCACUAAGUUGGUGGCUCAAAAUGAUUUAUCUGAGACGGAGGAGCAGAUGGUAGCACGCCUUCAUUCAUUAUGGACAGUUUCUGAGGUAUAUCAACGAGCACUUGCAGUAGAGAAACAGCAAAGUAGGAGGCCAGUGGUCAGAGGUAAAGGAAGUCAGCCAGUUCGCUCUCAAGAAUCUCUUCCCGCUUAUCAGCCACAGCGGGAUAGUUCCAGCUCAAGUAUUAAGUGUUUUAGGUGUGGUGAACAGGGGCAUAGGGCGACUGAUUGCAAGAAGCCUGCUGGUCAGAAGAAUAAAAAUCUUCUGAUUGAGGAGGAUAUGAUAGAUGAGUUUAAGGAAGUUGGGGAACCCGUGUAUGAUGAGGGUGAAGAUGAGGACGUACUAUGUGGAGAUGGUCAGGAGACCCUGGUCGUUCGAAAGAGCCUGCUAACUCCCAAGGGCAACUCAGGGGAUGAUUGGUUGAGGACCAACGUUUUCCACACAACCUGCACAGUUGCUGAUAAAGUCUGUAAGCUAAUAAUUGAUAGUGGCAGUUGUGAGAAUGUAGUGUCUGAGGAGGCUAUCGAGAAACUGCAACUAAAGAUGGAUUGUCAUCCCAAACCAUACAAGUUGUCUUGGCUGAAUAAAGGCAGUGAGGUAACGGUAGAAAAACGAUGCUUAGUGUCUUUCUCGAUUGGAAAAAAAUAUUUUGAUAAUGCUUGGUGUGAUGUGGUAUCAAUGGGUGCGUGUCAUGUUUUGUUGGGACGACCUUGGCAGUAUGAUCGCAGUGUUAUCCAUGAUGGGCGGAAGAAUACUUAUUCUCUUAGCAUCAAAGGGAAGAGAAUUGUUUUGGUGCCUCGCAGGGAAGGAAACACCCCUGCCCCGGUAGUUAAAAACCCCAAUCUACUUUCGAUGUCCAGGUUCUUGGUUGAGGUUGGGCGUGAAAAAAUAGUUUAUGCUUUAAUGCCUCGUGAAAAUAGUACAGCGAAUGUGGAUUCAGAAUUUCCAGCAGAAGUACAGCAACUACUGAUGGAGUUUUCUGACUUGAUGCUGGAGGAUCUUCCUCCAGGACUACCACUUAUGAGGGACAUUCAACAUCAGAUCGACCUCAUUCCGGGAUCGAGUCUACCAAACCGACCAGCAUAUCGCCUCAGCCCCAAGGAAGCUGAGGAGUUGCAGCGACAGGUGGUAGAAUUAUUGGAAAGGGUCUACAUUCGUGAGAGUAUGAGUCCUUGUACAGUUCCUGCUCUCCUAGUGUCGAAGAAAGAUGGGUCAUGGCGUAUGUGUGUUGACAGUAGGGCAAUUAACAGGAUUACAGUGAAGUACAUGUUUUCAAUUCCCCGUCUGGACGACAUGUUGGAUCAAUUGUCCGGUUCUAAGGUCUUCUCAAAAAUUGACCUUAAAAGUGGAUACCACCAGAUCAGAAUCAGACCUGGAGAUGAGUGGAAGACCGCGCUCAAGACACAGCAUGGGUUAUACGAGUGGAUGGUCAUGCCCUUUGGACUAUCCAACGCACCCAGCACUUUUAUGAUGUUUAUGCAUCAGGUUUUACGGCCUUUCAUGGCGAAGUUUGUGGUAGUUUAUUUUGAUGACAUCAUCUUCGUGCUGUCUUUGAUGUAA